AUGUUGCAAGUUGCAUCAGGAUGUCUAGCAUCUCUGGUCCACAUCCCUUCUCUCCAGUCGAAUUUUAUUGUAUCACACAUGCUUUUCAAAAGAGAAGGGGUACGUCUCAACAGCCCGUUACCGGUAGUUCAGCGCGUUUUGUUCGGCCCACCACCCGGCUCCGAGGGUCGACGGUCCGUGGCGGGACCCCAGGCGAAGAGCGCGCGGGAGGAGUGCAGGCUCUGCGCCCAGGGCGCACGCUGGGCCGCCUGGCGGGAGCGCACGGCUCUUCACCCUCCCCAGGGAUCCGUCCCAGGCGGCGGGCUCUGCGGGCGGAGACUGAAGACACGCGGCGUCGGAGCCCUGAUUGGACUGGGAGUUGCUGCCCUGGUUUUACUUGCCUUUGUUAUCAGCGUCUGUGUCCUUUGCUACUUAUUUCUGUACACAAAGCCUCAAAGAUUAGACACUGGCCUUAAACUUCAACAUCUAGAGGCUGCUUCCCCUCAGGAAGGCAACUCAAACAGAAAAACCAAAGUCUUCAAUUCAAAUGCAGCAUCAAAUUCAAUAAAUGAAACAUUGUAUGUAGCUGAUGAUAUCGUUCAAGAAAAAACAAUGGAUAUGACACAAAGCGACAUUGCUUAUUAUUAA